AUGAGCACGCUUAUCCCGUCUGCCAGCGCAUGCCACGCAGUGCAGAUGCCGCCAAUUGAGAAAGAUGACCGGUUGAAUUUGAGUGUGCGGACUGGCUCGGCCUCGACACUUUAUCACUCGUUUGUCUUCACAUACGGCGGACUCACUAUUGGGCUUGAGCUCGACGAUAAGAUUUCCAUCCGCGACAUCGAGACCACCUUUGCGUCUAAGGUCACCACCAACAAACUGAAACGGCUAGAGAAAUACCUCUCGGGCGAGAUCUUUUACUUGGACCUCAUUUCCAAAGCAUGGGCCCGUGUAAGCAUUCCCGAGAACGCACCCAAACCGAAGCCCCGGCUCUUCCACGAGUUGGCCACGGGAAAAAACUGCCUCUAUCUCUUCGGUGGGUUGACACUUGCAGAAAACACGGGUGACGACGAAAAAUGCGAGCUUGUGCCUUGCAACGACUUCUGGGAGUUCAACUUGCUAAAGAAGUCGUGGGUCUUGCUUCACGACGGGCUGAACUGGCAGGCAGAUCCACGUGUGCCCUCCCCGCGUUUUUCUCACAAAAUGACCACCAUCAGCCAUCUCUCUUUUGCCAACAGAAAAGACCAUUCGGGUCUCAUGAUUGCCGGCGGUCAUGACCAGAACUCGAAUGCUUUGUACGACAACUGCGUGUUUGACUUAGUUGACAGAACCUACGUGAAUGCUGGUCCGCCUCUCUCGUUCCCGCCCGUGGUAGUCAAUGGCAAACCUGUCUCGUACUUCAAAACGACAAACCUGGAGACAAGCAUCUCCAUAAACUAUCUAACCAGCGUCAUCGUGAACUUCAAAGAAGACGUCGAAUAUUCACGCAGAGAUCACGGGCUGACCAUGGCUGCGGAGAAAAUCGCGCGGGUGAGAGAGGAGGCUCUUUUCUUUUACGUCCCGACGCUUACUUCAAACAUGGACGAGGUUUUAAGCCCGCUCCUUACAGCAAAAAUAGGAAAAUCCGUCAAACAGCCAAAGCUCGCACCCCUACAUCGUAAGCAAAAUCUCCGCUCCAAGAGCGCUACAGACAGCUUGCUCCGGAGAACUGUGCCAUACAAUCUUCGCUAUCCGACAGGCGGAGUUUUUGGGCAGAACAUUGUGAUCAUAGGAUUCUUGCCCAAUGACUACGACAUCUCCAUUUUCAUCUACAACAAGCCAACCGGGAAAUGGUCCCGUCUUAACGUCUUUUGCCACCAUGACUAUGGGUCUCAUAGGUUUUGGGGUGGUUUUGUAUGGACGUCUCACCACAAGGUGGUCCUAUUGGGAAAUUACGUCACAUCGCGGACGACCAGCAGUGUGAGAUAUUUUUCAUCCUUGAUCACAGUAAGUCUUCCAGUAACGAACUUGUUAGCGUCGAUGGAGAUGCUGAGCCAUAACAAAUUGCUCAUGAAUGCCAAUAAAAACGACACGGAAACAAGCUCGGUCAGUGAUGUCGACACGACAACUUCGGACGAGAUAUCUUCAUCAUCUUUGCUGCAGAUAAGCGAGACAGACGAUCUCUCGGAACACCCACUUCACGGUCAGCAGUCUGAUCAUUCCAAUAAGAACGAGAGUCAAAGGAGCCCUCCGCAAAACGCUGCUACAUUCAAUGAUUAUGUUCACUACGCGGCUCCAAAGGUGAAGUUCACAAAAGUUCGCUCUGUUUUCCCUCCAGCCGCAAUCACUCUAGGAAGAAACGCGUUGGAUCGGUAUGGAAACAGUAUAUCUGAUUUUGAACUCAUUUCGCUCAAUGGUGACCGUAUUCCUGUCUGCAUGUCCAUUUUGAUGGCACGUUGGGGCAAAUUCUUCAUCGACUUGCUUGCGAAAGCGUAUGUGAAAGCGGUCGAUCAGUUCGAACACAAUGAAAUUGAGGUUGAGUCCCAUAAUAUGACUCGCUCGUCAAAAAGCAGCGGCAGCAGUUCAGGUUCUCGCGGGAAAAUGACCCGGUUUUCGUCAAACGAUUCUCUGAAUUCUUGUUCAAGUGAAAGCAAAGAUAACAUAGUCCUGCUUGUUGGCUCACCAAAAUCAGCCCAGAAGGAAGUACCUCAAUUUAGACUACCCUUUCAGGAAAAGCAUUCUUCACAGACGAGCUUUUCGAAAGAUAUUGGCUCGAUUGAUCCCCACAAUCAGUCACCUGAUCGCCGCAACUCUUUGGGCUCGAACCUCUCAGAUACAUCAAUCUUAAACUUUCAUCUCAGGGAGAUUCCUGCCCAGUUACCUUUGCCACAAGAGCCUAUUCCAGAUGUACCUGCAACUCCAAUAUCAUAUCGUUCGAGCUCUAGGAAGAAUUCAACAGAUGUUUUGUCACCACGAGCAUCUUUACUUCACACUUUGAGCGUUCUUCGUAAUCUUCCCGCUAGAUCCCCGAGAGGCUCACCACACCAGUCGCCCCGUGGUUCAGUUUCCGCACGGAACGCGUCGAUGGAAGACUUACUGCUUCUAGCUAUGUCAAUGGACUUUGGUAAAGUCUCAAAGACAACGAACAACUCAUUAGAUGACAUAUCGAAGGAUAUGCCAACAAGUGAGCAUCAAAGUGGGUCUAGAGAGCACGAUGAACAAUACCAAAGCCUCUUAGAUUUUCCUGAAUCGGAUUGGAACUCCUACACAAUGGAGCCUUCUCUCAUUCCCAGAAAACUAUAUGUUCCUUUUAGUACCAAUUCGCUUAAGGCUUUUGCUGAAUACUUGUACACCGGUCAAGUGGGAAAUAGAUGGCUUUUCCGUCCAUGUGCAUUAGAUUGCUUGUGGAUGUCGAGAUUUUACAAGGUUCAGCUUCUUUACGACUUGCUUUGUGAAGUUUUAUAUGGAAUUAUUGGACGUAAAGAGGUCACAGUUAUUCGAGAGGGCAAGAAAUAUCGCAAGAAGUUCGACGAAUUGUUUGAGAAGACUAGAUCGCCAAUGAAAUCCACAUUCAAAUUUCCACUCGAUGAGUAUGAGGGGUUUUUGGACACUGUCGAUGAUGGUUACAUGGACAUUGCCCUACUCAGAAAGUCUUCAAAUGUGAACAAAUCAUCCACUUCGUCACGUUCCGGGAAAAGAGAAGUCAUCGAACCAAGAGAUAUUCUGCCUGUUGAAAAGGACGGCAGUGUGAAUAGCGUGGCCACAGAUGAAAGCACAAGUGCCAGCGACGAGGAUGCCGCCCCAUUGCACUUUCUUGAUCAUGGUAAGAAGAACAGUCUUCCAAGCAUCCCCUUUAAGUCAUUUCCAGACAAAAAUGUUAGUGAUUCUGUUAACGCGUCCAGUUGUUUUACCGAAAAAGAGAGAGAUGAUGAAAAUGAAAACUUAACUGGCAUCACUUUAGAAAACCUCGUCUCCAUAGAUGCACCUGAACCUAGCGACUAUGUCAUUGAUCUUAUCCACGAAGUUGCAUCCAUUUGUUCAGACGUGAAAUUAAUGUUGCGCUCGAUGAACGCCCGACAAAUGAGUCUAGCUCUUGCACAGACUAAAAAAGACUAUAUUGCUCUUGAAAAGAGGGUGCAGGAGGAGACAAGCAACGAAGACUCUACAAGGCGCGAAGAUCGCUACUUCGACCAUGAUGCACAGGAUACUUCUAAUGAAGAAGGGUCCAAGCAAUCUUUAACUGAGAUAAAACGACCCGUCAAUUCAAGUGCCAUCUCAAACCUUAGAUUGACACCGGUGAAGGAACAUCUAUUUAGCGUUGAUCUGAAUCGAAAGUUCGACAAGCAAAUCGCCCAUUUGAUUCGUCAAGACGAAAAAAUAAAAUCAAAAGCUGCAAAGGAAGAAAGGUCAAGACGGCAAACAUUGGAACGUGACGAAAAAAAGCGGUCUGACGUUGCUCCACUGGUGAGACCUUCCUUAUCGCAUGCGGAAUCCGUCAGCGAAAAAGAAAUCAACACAGGGCGCAAAUUUAUCAUUGAUGGGAUGAGAACACAGACUUAUAAUCACGCAGACUCCGAAAAAGCUUCAGUCCCGGAAAACUCGCGUCACAAGUUUUUUGGGCGUUUAGGCCGAAUGACCAAGCACGGCAAGAAUGAAGAAAAUCAUAAGACGCAAGAAUCGCCCCAAUUGUUGCGCACAGAGUCGCUGACAAGUAUGGUGUCGGGUGGUAGUAAAAAGUCAUCCCACAGUAAGCUAUCUGCACAUUCGGUUGGUGGCCUUCUUGGGUUGCGAAAAAAAUGA